UGAUUGAUUGAGUGAGUGAGUGAGUGAGAUGUUUGAGCUAGUGGUUGAGGUGGUGUGAGAUGUGGUGGGGGGAUAGUGGCUUGUUCUCCCCUGUGGAUUGAUUGACUGAUGUGGCUGGUGAUUGAUUGUUGACGCUUGUUAUAUGUAUGGGAAGGGUUGUGGUGAUGAUAAUUUUGUGUAAGUUUCCGAGGAUUGUUAGAAACUAUUGUGGUUAUGUGGAAUAAGACUUCGUGGUCUUGAUGUUUUUCGUGUUGGUUUUUCUGAGCUGAAUCUAAUUUGAGUUACACUUGAUGGGAUGUCUAUUUCUAGGCUGAAAAUACGCCUGGAACCCUGGUCUUGUUGUUCGAGAAAGAGUUUACCUGACCACCAAUUUUAAUAUCUGCUGUCACUAUCUCCAGUGAUGCUUGAUUUUUCAUUUCCGACCCACGAAGCGAUGCGGAGUUCCCUAACGCAAUGGAGGUGUUGACACGGUAUGCGGCACCCGGGCCAGGUGAUAUACACCAUUUCAUAUUUUACAGAUACUGGCGAUACUCUCGCAGCGGAUCUAACUGGAUUUUUCAGGAAGGUAUGGGAGACUUAUAGUGUGUAAUCAAUGUGGAAGGAAGCCAUUAUCAUCAGUGUAAUCCAUGUGACAAUUUUAGAUGUAUCAUUGUGCUACCAGUUGCGUCUAAAAUAUUGGCUGGUGUGUUGCUUCGCAGGCUGUGCAAAAUACGUGAGGGAAUUGAUUCACGAAGAGUAGGCUGGGUUUCGUUCGGGCCGUGGAUGCAUUGAUCAUGUGUUCCCUAUUCGUCAGUUGUCUGAACACCACUACACGUAUUGCAGGCCAACGAUCGUUGUGUUUCUUGAUAUUAGGGCUGCCUUCGAUUCGUUGGGCAGAACUGUGCUCUGGAACUGUCUGUUAGAGAGAGGUGUACCUGGGAAAUUUGUUAACAUCUUGAAAGGCCUAUACAGAAAUACCUCAGGUAGAGUGAGUGCAUACAACGAACUAUCAUCACUGUUCCCAACCAAUAGUGGGGUUAGACAGGGUUGCCUAAUCUCUCCAUUUCUCUUUAACUUUGCCAUGGAUGACAUUCUGGUGUCAGCUCUGAAGGAUGUGUGUGAAGGUGGUGUACAUCUCCUACCUGGAGAUGGACUUUUCGACCUCGAGUACGCGGACGAUGUCGUCUUACUGUGCGAUGUAGCAUGCAGGUUGCCCAAAUCUCACUUUAUCAGUUGGCGACCAGUGUCUGUAAGUAUAUGAUAGAGAAGAUUUGUAGCUCAGAGAACAAAAUCACAUCAAAAGUCUGUAAGUAUGUUAUGUCCUUUGCGCCGUCUAAGUACAAAGUACUGUUACAAGAUUGGCGGGAGCCUGUACCUGCACUCACUCUUGCUGGUGAACUGCUUGAAUUUGUUGAUAAGUUUGUGUACCUGGGUAGUUGUGUGAGUGCUGGUGGAGGGGUGACGGAUGAGAUUUCCAACUGUAUAAUGAAGGCUAGGGUGGCAUACAUCAACUUGAGCCACCUCUGGCGCCGUCGAGACGUUAGCCUGGCUGUCAAAGAUCGG